GGUGCAAGCGGCGCGCUCCCGUCGCGCGGGCCACCGUCGUCGCCGCCAACUUUGUCUAGUUUUAGUUGAUGGCACAGCAUAACGUACAACAGUUCGAAUCACGACCUGACCGACGCAUCUCAAAAAACGACGCUCAUCCGAAACCGGUGAACAAUUUCGGACAACUUUUCCGAAACAUUUUCCAUCCUAACUGCCAGAACUGAUGCGAAAUCGUAUUGAAAUAAGAACGAAAAAUUAGGCAGCCAGGCCAAGUGGGAUUACACUACACGCACACAGCAAACUCUUGGGUCAGUUACUGUGAUUUAGACAGUGGAUACGUGAGCAUCACUUGACCUUCUUUGGUAGAUAUCACAGCAUCACCACGUUUUGUACCGAAAAAAUUAGCGCAUCAUGAAAAUGUCUUUCCGCACAGGUUUAUAAAUAACAAAAAAAAAAUAAUAAUAAAAUAGGAAAGGUUGAGUGAAGCUAUGAAGACGAGAGGUUUGGUGGUAGUAAUGAUUUUUUGUGUGCUGUGUUUCGCAGAUUCUCGCGAAAAUUUGAACACUAGGACUAAACGUUCAAAAUUUACCAUCGAUGAACUUUUAGUGAACACGUUCCCGUACAAAACGUCGUGCGAUAUCGAUUUAGAUCCUUGUAAGGCUGAUAACUUCCAAGGCGACAUAGCCAUAUCAGGAUAUGACUAUGGUAGUUAUAAAAAGAGCGACAUUCAUCAGGAAGAGAUCGAACAAUAUAAACAAGAGGUCCUGGAAGGACUUCAGAUUGAAGAGGAGGGUCUGACCGAUUUGAUUCGUAAAAAGGCCAAACAACUCCCUCCCAGCCCCAAAACCAACAACAACGACCCAAUUGAUUACAACCCCAUCGUUCCGUCGCUAUAUAAGAACGGUCAGAUUUUGAAAAGGAAACCCCAAAAUGGGGUGCAGAACAAUUAUUCAACAACAACGGAUAAUCCUGAGAAUAUUCAAGAGACUUUGGACAAUCAAACGAAAAAGGUUAAAAGUUUGAUUUAUGACCCUUUCGAGGGCCCUGAAGAAACGAACAAAAAAUCUAAGCAUCAAAAGAGACAUAUAAAGAAGAGGAAAAAGAACACGUUUACGAAAAUUAGACGACGGAAAAAUAAAAAAAAACAUUCAAAAAGAACCACCACCACCACCACGAUCUCACCCCUAACAAUCUCAGACGAGACUGUAUUCAAAAGGGACAUUCCAAUUCACGAAUUCGAGCCAAAAUUCGAUUUCAAACAGAAGAGAAAACAAACGUUAAAGCAACAAUCGGACCAUUAUCACCAUCAUCAUCAUCAACAGAGACCAAUAGGGUUGCGGGCGCCACAUCAUAUUGUCACAAGGGCUGCGACUGCACAUAAGGAAAGGGUAUGGGACUACGGAGUGAUUCCCUACGAAAUUGACGGCAACUUCAGCGGUGGUCACAAAGCGCUUUUCAAACAAGCCAUGCGACAUUGGGAAAAUUUCACUUGUGUCAAAUUUGUGGAAAGGAAUCCUUUAGAACAUCAGAAUUACAUCAUAUUCACAGAAAGGCCUUGCGGGUGUUGCUCCUUCGUAGGAAAAAGGGGUAAUGGACCCCAAGCGAUUAGCAUAGGCAAAAAUUGUGAUAAAUUCGGAAUUGUGGUCCACGAAUUGGGUCACGUUGUGGGCUUCUGGCACGAACAUACCCGGCCCGACAGAGACAACCACGUCCUUAUAUUUAGAGACAACAUAAUGUCCGGCCAAGAGUACAACUUCAACAAAUUAACAGAGGGAGAAGUAAAUUCUUUAGGCUUGACUUACGAUUACGAUUCCAUUAUGCAUUACGCCAGAAAUACCUUUUCUAAGGGAACUUACUUGGAUACAAUUUUACCAGUUGAAGUUACUGGGCGUAAAAGACCAGAAAUUGGACAACGUGUAAGACUUAGCGAAGGUGACAUCUCACAAACGAAUUUGCUCUACAAAUGUCCCAAAUGUGGCAGAACCUUUCAAACGAACUUUGGAACUUUCUCAUCACCGUCGUAUCUCAACAAAAAAGUUCAUAACGAAACUGAGCGGUGCGAAUGGAGAAUAACGGCAACCCACGGCGAACGAAUCGUCCUUAAUAUCACAGAAUUGGACAUACCAAAAUCACAAGAAUGUAAGAAUGAUUUCGUAGAAAUUAGGGAUGGAUAUUGGCAUAAGUCGAAUCUACUAGGAAAAUUCUGUGGAAGUGGAAAAAUGAAAGAUUCGAUCAUUACUACGGGAAGUAGAAUGUUGGUUACUUACGUCUCCAAAAAUCCAGCGGGACAUCGGGGAUUUACAGCAAAUUAUGAAGCCGUAUGUGGUGGUGACAUAAUUCUCGAUACCAGCGAUCACCUGGAAUCUCCAAACUACCCAGAAGAUUACCAACCGAACAAAGAAUGCAUUUGGAGAAUAACUGUCCCAGAAGAUUACCAAGUGGCGCUCAAAUUUCAAUCCUUCGAAGUAGAAAACCACGACAAUUGUGUUUACGACUACGUAGAAGUUCGAGAUGGAAUUGGCAUGGAAAGUCCCUUAAUUGGAGUCUUCUGCGGAUAUAAAAUACCUCCCGAUAUAAGAUCAACUUCAAACCAUUUACUAAUUAAGUUUGUAUCGGAUGGAUCAGUGCAAAAAGCUGGAUUUUCGGCAUCGUUUAUCAAAGAAUUUGACGAAUGCAACAGAAUAGACCAUGGGUGUGCCCAAGAAUGCUUGAACACCAUCGGAGGCUACGAAUGUGGAUGUCGGAUCGGGUUUGAACUCCAUUCAGACGGCAAAAAUUGUGAAGAUGCCUGCGGAGGAGUUAUUGAUCAAAAUAAUGGAACGAUAACUUCACCAUCGUUUCCUGAACUUUAUCCGCCAAGCAAAAAUUGCAUCUGGGAAAUAAUAGCACAACCCCAGUAUCGGAUAACGCUAAAUUUCACGCACUUCGAUCUAGAAGGUAACAACAUGCACCAACAACAGUGUGAUUACGAUCGAAUAGAAAUUCAUAGUAAAAUAGGAGAAGACAGGUACAGCAAACAUGAGGUGUUUUGUGGAGCAAAAUCGCCAGGAUUAAUUACAUCAGAAAGUAAUGCUUUAAGGAUUAUUUUCACUUCAGACACCAGCGUUCAAAAGACUGGGUUUGCCGCAAUUUUCUUUACAGACAUGGACGAAUGUUCAAUAAAUAAUGGUGGUUGUCAACACGAAUGUGUAAACACAUUAGGUUCAUUUGUAUGCACAUGCCACAACGGCUUUACCCUCCACGAAAACGGGAAAGAUUGUAAAGAAGGAGGGUGCAAAUACGAAAUCACUGCCACUAAUGGUGAAAUAUCAAGUCCCAAUUAUCCGGACUAUUAUCCUAGUCGAAAAGACUGUAUCUGGCUGUUUAGUACAACCCCAGGACAUAGAAUAAAAAUAGUUUUUAUAAAUUUCGAAAUGGAACCCCACCAAGAGUGUUCAUACGACCAUAUAGCUUUCUAUGAUGGAGAUUCACCAGACAGCAAUACAUUAGGUCGAUUCUGUGGAUCAAAACUGCCUCACCCAAUAGUCGCUUCCGGCAAUCAACUCUUCAUGGUCUUCAAAUCCGAUGCUUCAGUUCAACGUAAAGGUUUCCUAGCUACUCACUCUACCGUAUGCGGAGGACGAUUGCAAGCGACCCUCGACAUGAAACACUUCUAUUCUCACCCAAAAUUUGGAAGCGGAAAUUAUUACGACAAGGCUGACUGCGAUUGGACAGUGGAAGCCUUACCGGGAUAUAACGUACACCUAAUGUUUUUGACCUUUGAUCUAGAGGAUGAAAAGGAUUGCGGCUAUGACUAUGUCGAAGUUUUUAGUGGGCUUGAUGCCAGUGGACCAUCUUACGGAAAAUACUGCGGGAGUACAAAACCCACGGAUAUUAUAUCAAUGCAUGAUGCACUCCUAAUCCGCUUCCAAACUGAUGAUUCAAUGGCUAGCAAAGGAUUCAGCAUAGCUUAUGAAGCAGUGGAACCGUACGGAAGUGAGGAGGAAAUAUGAUUUCAAAAAUUUUCGAAAAUAUUCGACGAACUAUUUAAUCUGAUCAUGUACACAUGAAAGUAAGCAACCUUAAUGAGGAAGGCAGUACAUAUAUAGUAAUUGUUAGAUUAAAAAUUUCUAAUAAACACAUUAAAUGUGCCAUCAACAGUAGGUUGGUAUUAAAAAUGAGUACUCUGUCAGUUAAAGGAAGCAUUUCUUCUUAAAAUGCAAAAUAAUAAUGUUCUGAUUAGGAUAGGUACUCUACAAUUAAUGAUACGACUGAAAUUCGUAUAAGACAUGAUCGUCACAGAAUUAUAUGGUAUUCAGUAUAGCGUAGUUUGAGGUAUGUCUAAUCGUAAGUGUGAAAUGUGUGAUUUUAAACAAUAAGCUACGGUAAAAAGUCAAUUGCAAAAAUGAGACACAGCAAUAAGCUUUUUUUAUAACGCAGUACCUAGUGUAUACUGAUAAAAAUAAAACUGUUGAUCUAAUUCUUUUUGUACGAAAUUCAUAUUGGAAAAGAAAUUAUUUUACAUUCGCAAAACUGGAACAGUAGGUCAACGUAAAACUAAAUAAUUGGAACGUGUAUUUGUAAUCAAGCUACCUACAAAAUAGGAAAGUACUUCAGUACCUAAUCCAAUUUCUUAAGGUAAUAUAGGCAGAAACUAUUCAAAGUACCUAAUGCGAAAGUUAAAUAAAUUAUUAAUGUUAACAUUAGUGCCAAAAAUCUCCAACUACCUAUUAUUAUUAUUAAUAAUAUUAUUACUUGGUAGAUACUUUAGAGAUACAGUAAAUAAUAAUCAAUAGUCCAGUUAGUUAAUUUUUUAAUGAUUUUUUGUAAUAGUAGCAAUGGUCAAUUAGUAUUUUUGGAAUAUGUAUGUUAUAACUCAUUUUGUAAACUUAUUUAAUCGAAUUGAAUGGUUGAAAAUUCACUUGCAAAACAUAAAUGUACUUAAAAUUAGAUAAGUGACUGUAAACUAUGUAUGACUGAUUUUGAGUUAUUAAAUACCUAAUUAAGAAAGUUA